AAUACCUACCAACAUUUUCUCCUCCACUUCCUCCGCCAAACAUCAACUACCAAUCUUCAGUCUCCGGAGGACUUUUCAUCAUAUUCCUUCACCCUCCGAUCCUCCUCCUUUCACAUCGACCUCCAAAAGUUAAAGUGGACAUUUUACUUUAGAUUACCAUUAUUGUUGCUGCAUUAUAAUAUUUGGAGAGGAAAGAAAUAAAUUGACUGGCAUCACAAAUGCGGAUUGGAAUGGAGCUUCAGGAACUAAAUCAGAAGUCAGGAUGAAAGAUAUACUCGAGUGCUUGAAUUCUUUCACAAGAUACAUUGUUGCUCAUACUUGGAACUUGUACCAUAAUCAAAUAAUUGAAAAAUCUGUUGACACACCUAUUUUAAUAUUAAGUAAUGUUGAGUGCUAAUAAGCAUGGAUGUGACAUGACGCGGACACUUAGACAUGUAAAUCUUUAAAAAAUGUAGGAUGCGACACAUGGGAGACAUGUGCAAAAUAUAUAAUUUUAUAUACGUAUUAUAUGUCAUAUAUUACGAUAAGUAAUUAUUAUAUGUCAUAUAUAUGAAUAUUUAGGUUAAAUAUAAUAAUUUUUAAAGUUUAAAAGAGGAAAAUAGGUAUAGAUUUACAUUGUUUUUGUUUUGUUAUUGCAUUUUAAGUUGAUUGUUCAAACUUGUAAUGUAUUUCAUGUGUGUCUAAGUAUUGGGAAGUGUUCGAAGAGUGUCGUGUCUUGUCGGUGACUCCGACAUGUUACUUCUUAAAGUGUCUAUGCUUCUUAGGUUGAGUGUCUCUAAGAGUCAUCUCAAGUAACUUCUAAGUUGAAUUAAUGUCUAAGUUGUUGAAUUGAGCCACACAAGAUAUUUAGUAGAGGUGGCAAACAAGCAGUUCGGGUGGGUUUGGGCAGGUUAAAAUGGGUUGUGUGAUAAAGCAAUCCAACCCAAGCCUAGCCAUUUAAUAAAUGGAUUUAAGCGGUUGGGUUGAAUUGGGUACGGGUUGGACAUAGCAACCUGACAAACCCAUUUAAUUUAUAGAACUCUUUUUCCAAUGGUGGUGGGGGUGAGUGAUGGUGAUGGCAGUGGGAUUGGCCGCCAUGGUGGUGGUAAAUUGUUUUAGGUCAUAGAAAUUUGUUCAGAACUCUUUGAUUUCUCUACGGUCAUUUUCAAAAUCAACUGAACUGUUGGUAUUUUUCUUUUGAAUCAAAUGCAUAAAAAAGGAAAGCAGCUAAAAAAUGUAUAAUUUUGUUUUUCAGUAACUUUUAAGGACUAAAUGAUUUUUAUUUAUCAAAAAAAAAAAAAAAGAAAAAAAAAAAGAACUAAAAGAUUUUAAAAUUAUUAUUAUGAAUUUAUCAACUCAUAUAGCAUCUCAUAGAAAUCCUGCCCUGGAUAAGUUCUGUACUAUCUCAUAACUCAAAUGUCUUUUCCCACUUAUUUAUUUUAUUUUAUAAUCAGUGACCUAUUUUUUUGGUUUCCUCAGUGCUGUGAAUGAAAAAUUUAGCGAGCUAUUUAUGAUAAUCAUGGAAGCAUCCGAAACAACUUUGCAAUAAUUGGUGUUGGUGGAGGUAGAGUAGCAACAGCAGUGGUGGUGAAGCGUGGAGUGGAGGUGGCUGUGGUGGUGGUGGAGGAAGUAAUACCCAUUUAAAUGGGUACCCAUGUCCAACCCAUUUAAACCCAAUUAAUUGGGUUCACUAGGAACAGCCCAAUUAAACCCAUUAUGAAUUUGGAUGGGCUUAUACAGGUUUUAAAUGGGUGUAAUUGGGCGGAUUGAUUUGUUUGGGUUGAGUUUGCCGCCUCCUAGUAUUUAAGAAAGAAAGCUAAAGGAGAAACCUUUUACAUUUUCUGCAUCAAAACUCAUCUCAAAUGCAUUAAAUGCAUCUGCAAAAUCAUGGAGGCCAUUUAUAUAACUGGUUUCUCAGGUUAUCUAGGUGAAGUGAACCCAUGCAGCUUCCAUAUUAAUGUACUGGCUACAGAGAUUUUUUUUGUGGAUAUAAACCUCUGUUUUAUUUACAAAAGAACAAAUUCUGGUUCAAGACAGGUACUAUUGCAUAAAUGUGGUCACCCAUUAUCUUGUACAGCAAUGUGGACAUAAUUGGAAAAGCAUACUGUGUUUGAUGAGACGCAUAUAAAAUAUGUUUUUGAAAAAUAAGUACCCCACAAUCUGCACAAGUCUCACUUUAGCACCCGCUGCUUAACUGUAGCAGUUACAUUUACUCCUCAUAGAAAUGCUCUUGUUCAUGUGACAAUUAAUACCAUUAGUUUUUUCCCCUUUUUCUAUUUUAAUUAAGAACACUCAAAAGCUUUAGAUAGUGUAAAGUGAUUUUGGUUUGCAACCUUGCUAGAGUAUCUUUAGCUGCAUAGCUUAAGGUACAGGGGAUUUUGAUACUAGAAAAUUGAAGAAUCAUUCACAUCAAAGUCUGCCUUGGUUGUGUGGGUUUAUUGAGAAAUGGUACUGGGACACAUUUGUAGCUGUACUAGUCGACAUUCAUUCACAUCGUGCUUGCUUUGUGUCAUCAUUGCAUCUUAUGAAGGGUCCCAGGAGAAAACAUUUGGAGGUAGCAAUAUGCUUAUGCUGUCAUCAAUUUCCUUGUACUUCUAUGUUUAGUUGGUUUCUGUUAUGCAGGUGCAGGUAUAUUGAUGGUAUAUCUUUCUUCUUUCUGCAUGUCACUUGUUUGAGACAUGUUCAAACAACCGUUGCCUUGAACUUACUAGACUGUGGGUUGUCAGCAUGAACAGGCACUUUUGAUUUCUCUGACCACCAGAAGAAGGAUUCUUAUUUUUGAAUCUUAUGUUCAAGAUUCAUAAUAUAUGAACAGGUGGUUCCUAUCCUGAUUCCAGAGCUUGUUUAGCAUCCUACAUUGAGGGAGCCAUGGAGCAUAGACACUUUCCCAACUCAUUCAGAACAGAGAUGGAACAAGGUCAUGACAGGAAUCAUUUAACUUCAGAACAGCCUUACAUUCAUAUGGGAAGGGCUGUUGCUCCAGAAAAUGGUUCUUUGGUUUAUCCAAUGGACAAUAUGUUAAGGGGAGGAGUGCACUGUGCUUCUCCAUGGAAUUCAGAAAGCAGAGCAAAUGAGUAUCCUUCUUCAAGUUUCAGCAUGGAAGUAUCACAUUUCCAACCAGCUUUUUCAGGCCCGUCUUAUGUUCCCUUCCCUCAGCCAUCAGCUGCUGGAAACUUGUAUCUGACCCCAGAGAAUAAUUCUGGCCAUGCACAUUCUAAUUACAACGACAGAUGCAAUAUUCAUGAAAAUGAGCAUGGUCUACUAGAUUCUGUAACAGGCAGUGUAAGGGUUCCAUUUAAAAGAAAAAGUCCAGGCAUUUCUGUAGCCUGUGAAAGAGGUAGCACAAGCAGAUUCUAUGGUGCAGGAAGUUCCUCUAGUUCUUCUGAGUUGCCACAGGAAAAACCAACCUCUAAUCAUCAAAACAUCCCUUUUGGUCAGAUUGGCUUACCUCAUUACGGUGGUGGUAGCCUCUCAAUUUCCGGUGAAGAUUCAUUAAGGAAUGUGAGAAGCCGAUCUAGACUUGAUUUGGAAGCUAACCCAAUGCAAACUCAUUUACCCAGCUAUUCUUCUCAUCAUUACAAUUCAACAACUCAUCCAUCAAAUUACCAUGGAGCGACAGACCUUACAAAUAUGAAUUCUGAUGGAACCACUCAACAGUGGAACUUCAAUACUCUGUCUCAUCCUGCUCAUGGAAUGAUUCAAACAUCAGCUGAAGGUACCAAUGGCUUGAGCAAUGAGAGCAACCAGCUUCUUGUGACAGGAAGUGGGACGCAGAUUGGUGGCUGCCACUCUGAUACUGUUUCAAGCAGAAAUCUUGUUUCGUCUUCGCACUAUCUUCAUGCUCCCCCCAUUCAGGGUGCAAGGGAAGGCCGUGCUAGUCAUUCACAGAGAUCAAUACCUUCAUAUAGGGCUGGUCCAAGCUACGCUCGGUCGGGACAUGAAGCAGCUCCUACAGAAAAUAGUCUGCGGUCAUUCUCAGAAACUUACGCUUCUGGGUAUUCGAGACCAUUUUCUGGAGGAUGGCGCAACAGCCACAGGAAUGGAAGACCGAGGAUAGCUAUUGAGAGAUUCCAAUCAAUUUCCAGUAUUGUGGAUUCCCAUGACAGAAUUGGAUCUGAGGAUCUCAUGAUGAUGGAUCACUCAUCCUUUUAUGCGAGUUCCCGGAAUUUGCUUGAUCAAUAUAGAGACAUGAGGCUAGAUAUUGACAACAUGAGUUAUGAGGAACUUCUUGCUCUAGGGGAAAGGAUGGGGAAUGUUAGUACUGGCUUGUCUGAAGAUAUGAUUUCAAGGUGUUUAACUGAAACACUGUAUUCUUCAGAUCAAGAUCGUGGAGAAGGAAGCUGUGCCAUCUGUAUCGAACAGUAUGCUAAUGAGGAGGAAAUUGGAACUAUGAAGAACUGUGGACACGAAUACCAUGUGAGAUGCAUUAGGGAGUGGUUGCUGGUGAAGAAAGUCUGCCCUAUCUGCAAGGCUCCUGCUCUAACAGAUUCUUUAAAGGAGGAAUAAAUCCACAUAGACUGACUUUUGAUUGAAGUCUUUUCUCGUUAUAUUCUUGUAUAUAUAUAUAUGGAAGCAUUUUCUCUAAAUAGGAAUUGUGCAAAUUAUAUAUAUAUUAAUGAACUCUGUUAAUAUCAUUGCAUUGCUUUCCUAUAGCAUUCAAAUUGAAUAGUUUGGCAACUUCAAUUCCGAAGAAGAAUGCCUCCUGCUUCGGUGAGGGUCCAAGACUGGCUUUUUGAAUGGCCAAAUUUGAAGAAGGUAAUAUAGAUCAAAUUACUUGUCUUAAAUUUUAUUAUUAUCAUUGUUGCUUACUAUAUGGAUACAAACCUUAAAAAGUGUAAUUUACAAAAACACUGGUUGUCCUAU